UUAAAGUGUUAUAUAAACCUAUUAUUUGAUUUAAAAAAAAGUGAUAUAAGGGAUUUAAAUUUUUUCAAUAUGAAUCCUCUAUUCUUGAGUCCAGAACAUAUCCUUCAAGGAGGUUACUUCAAUGCAACCCUUCGGAAGCUACAAGAACCAAAUACAAGUAUUGAGCCACACAAUAUAAUGUAUCCAGUUUUCUUACUGGAAAAUGAUGAAGGAAUGCAAACUGUGUCGAGUAUGCCUAAUGUAUUCAGAUAUGGAAUCAACAAACUAAUGCCUGCACUCACUGAGCUAGUUAACAAUGGACUGAAGUCUAUUCUCAUUUUUGGAAUUGUGGAAACAUUGCCGAAGGAUGCAAUUGGAUCAAGUGCAGAUUCAGUCAAUAAUCCAGUAGUAAAGGCUUUGUCUAAGAUCAAAGCUGCAUUCCCUGACCUUACAAUAGCGUGUGAUGUGUGUCUCUGCCCAUAUACCUCACAUGGCCACUGUGGUGUGCUAACAGAGAAAGGUGCUAUUGAUCAUGCUGCUUCGGUAAAGAGAAUUGCAGAAGUAGCAUUGGCAUAUGCUAAAGCUGGGGCUGACAUUGUGGCUCCAUCGGAUAUGAUGGACAACAGGAUAAAGGCAAUCAAAGAUGCAUUAAUAGCUAACAGCCUUCAAAAUCAAGUUUCAGUGUUGUCCUACUCAUGUAAAUUCGCGUCGUCAAUGUACGGUCCGUUCCGCGACACGAUGAAGAGCAGCCCAAUGGCGGGCGACCGCAAGUGUUACCAGCUGCCGCCCGGCAGCGCUGGACUAGCUGCAAGGGCUGCGGCCCGUGACGUAGCCGAAGGCGCCGACUUCCUCAUGGUGAAACCAGGUCUGCCGUACUUGGACAUCGUGAGGCAAACAAAGGACAAAUAUCCGAACCAUCCUCUAUUUAUUUAUCAGGUGUCUGGUGAGUAUGCAAUGAUUUCUCGUAGUGGGGACGAAAACGAGAUGGAAUCCAUCCUCAUGGAGACGCUCACAUGCAUGCGAAGAGCUGCUUUGGCGUGUGUGCUCGCGGCGGUGUGCGCCGACGAGAAGAAGGAGAAAGAUAAGGACAUCGGUACCGUCAUCGGUAUCGACUUGGGUACCACGUACUCUUGUGUUGGUGUAUACAAAAAUGGACGUGUAGAAAUUAUCGCCAAUGACCAGGGUAACCGAAUCACUCCAUCCUAUGUAGCAUUCACUGCAGAGGGUGAACGUCUUAUUGGUGAUGCUGCCAAAAAUCAGCUGACUACUAACCCUGAGAACACAGUGUUUGAUGCCAAACGUCUUAUUGGUCGUGAAUGGAGUGACACAACUGUUCAGCAUGAUGUCAAAUUCUUCCCCUUCAAGGUGGUAGAGAAGAACAGCAAGCCCCAUGUUUCAGUUAAGACUGCACAAGGAGACAAGAUCUUUGCUCCAGAAGAAGUUUCCGCCAUGGUGCUUGUAAAGAUGAAGGAAACUGCUGAAGCUUAUCUUGGUAAAAAGGUUACCCAUGCUGUCGUCACUGUUCCCGCCUACUUCAACGACGCUCAGCGUCAAGCCACCAAAGAUGCUGGUGUCAUCGCUGGUCUUAAUGUCAUGAGAAUUAUCAACGAACCUACCGCCGCUGCUAUUGCUUAUGGUCUUGACAAAAAGGAAGGUGAAAAGAAUGUCCUCGUCUUUGAUUUGGGUGGUGGUACUUUUGAUGUGUCUCUUCUUACUAUUGACAAUGGUGUAUUUGAAGUAGUAGCAACUAAUGGUGAUACUCACUUGGGUGGUGAAGACUUUGACCAGAGAGUUAUGGAACAUUUCAUUAAACUGUACAAAAAGAAGAAGGGUAAGGAUAUCAGAAAGGAUAACCGUGCUGUCCAGAAAUUGCGUCGUGAAGUUGAGAAGGCUAAGAGAGCUUUGUCAUCCAGCCACCAAGUCAAGAUCGAAAUUGAAUCCUUCUUCGAAGGUGAUGAUUUCUCUGAGACUCUUACCAGAGCUAAGUUCGAAGAAUUGAACAUGGACCUUUUCAGAUCUACUCUUAAACCUGUACAAAAGGUAUUGGAAGAUGCAGAUAUGAACAAGAAAGAUGUUGAUGAAAUUGUAUUGGUUGGUGGUUCUACUCGUAUCCCUAAGGUUCAACAGCUUGUCAAGGAGUUCUUCAACGGUAAAGAACCAUCCCGAGGUAUCAACCCCGACGAAGCCGUUGCUUACGGUGCUGCUGUCCAAGCCGGUGUCCUCAGUGGUGAACAAGAUACCGAUGCUAUUGUCCUUCUCGACGUCAACCCUCUUACCAUGGGUAUCGAGACUGUCGGAGGUGUGAUGACUAAGCUGAUCCCUCGUAACACUGUCAUUCCUACAAAGAAAUCUCAGAUCUUCUCUACCGCCAGUGAUAACCAGCACACAGUAACAAUCCAAGUGUAUGAGGGUGAACGUCCAAUGACCAAGGACAACCACUUGCUUGGAAAGUUCGAUCUGACUGGUAUCCCACCAGCACCAAGAGGCAUUCCACAAAUCGAAGUCACAUUCGAGAUUGAUGCUAAUGGUAUACUCCAAGUAUCAGCUGAAGACAAAGGUACAGGAAACAGGGAAAAGAUUGUCAUCACUAACGAUCAGAACAGACUCACACCAGAAGAUAUUGAAAGGAUGAUCAAAGACGCCGAGAAGUUUGCUGAUGAUGACAAAAAGUUGAAGGAGCGAGUUGAGUCCAGAAACGAACUCGAGAGUUACGCAUACUCAAUCAAGAACCAGCUUCAGGACAAAGAAAAACUCGGCGCCAAGGUUUCUGAUGAUGAUAAAUCUAAAAUGGAAGAAGCUAUCGACGCUGCAAUCAAAUGGCUCGAAGACAAUCAAGACGUUGAUUCAGAAGAAUACAAAAAACAGAAGAAGUCUCUUGAAGAUGUUGUCCAGCCCAUCAUAGCGAAACUCUACCAAGGGCAAGGCGGCGUGCCCCCACAGGGCGCGGGCGGCGAGGACGACGAGUUCAAGGACGAGUUGUAACAUGACAGACUGAAUACAAGUGACCGUAGCCAAAUGUGAUCUCCGUAAAGGUCACUACAGAUUAGGUACAUUGUAAGAAUGUGUAUGGUGUACAUAAACUGUAAAGAUGAACGGAUACAAAGUGUUUUAGCCGGUGUUGUGUAUAUUUAUUAGUGUGACGAAUGCAUGAGAUGUGCGGUGGUCGGCAGGUCUGAACCUCGCCGAAUGCUCGUUACUAAUAGUUGGCCGCCGCGCAUGUGUGACUGGUUGGUGUGUUAAUGUGUAAAUUGAUGCAUUUUUUAUUUGUAAAGAAAUCAGUCGCGUUCGCGUGAAGUCUGUUUCUCUUAAGUUCAGCCUUCGUGUUCGCCAGAGACCACGACGAAUCUUUAGUCUCGGGUCACUCGGAGACUACCUCAAUGUUUGAUGAUUGUUCAUUCCUGAAUGUAAUUGUUUUGAGACUGCUGAAUUGUUAGGUCUUAAUUAGCAGAUAAUAUUAUAAUUAUGUAGUUAUAAUUUUCGGUCGAAGUACGGAGGAGUACAUAAAUAAAAAAUAUUUCUAUGAA